GAGUUCGUGAGAGAUCGGUCCGCAGGGCUUUGAAAGCGCUGCGCAGAUCGAUUUCGUGCGUCACGCGCCAGUUUUGUAGUUACUGUACCUUACACUCACCCCGUCGAUCGGUAGGAUCGAGAGCUUGAAAGGCAUUUCCUAGAAGUUCAGGCAGUUUUGUUAUUUCUGCCAGAAGAGCUUAGGAAUCUAUAAAUUCCUCCCGACGUUGAGCUUCCAACGAAAAAGGUGCAAACGGCUCAAAGGAACUCUAAACACCUCAAGAUACAACUUAAGAAAUUGGGUUUGAAUGCAGGUUCGAGAUUUGACACCUCGGCCUCGAGAGAAUCCUGGCACGGAUGUCAUCUGAAGGGAUGAAAUGUGUAAUUCACUCGAUUGGUUCGUCUCGAUAAACACCACGCUGCUUUCCCUUUGACACUAGAGCUCAUUUGCACGAGGUUUCUCGAACAGAUUAAUCCGUUCGUUCAUAAGAAUAGGCGAAAACUUUCAGCCAUCGCGCACUUCCAGAUUCAGAAAUAGGCGGAACGAACGAACUCCGAGAAGCAAAUUUAAGCAGAGAUCGUGUUGAUGAUACUUUUCGGAUGGCUAGGGCCUCGAAUUGUGUUCGGGUAAUUGAACUGCAAGCUCGGGCUGGGACGGGAUUGAAGGAGGAUUCGCGGUAAUGAUUACAUAGGAAAUAGAGAUCGGAAAAACAGGAUCUCAGAUGAUGGUAGAUACGAAGUUCGCAAAUCGAGUUUAGGUGAAUCGAUUCGAUAAUGUCGACCAUGAUGGGCUUUCAAGCUGCUGGCCCUUCGGUGCCAGAGCAGGGGAAAGGGAAAAGGAAGAGAAAAGGAAAGAGAGAAAGGAAAAAAGAAAAAAUCGAAAGGGAAAAAAGUAAACAAAAUCCGGAGCCGGAGCCAGAACCGGAGCCGGAGGAAUUCAAACCUCGGCCCGGGGACGUUAUCUUGCGGAAAACUCCGCACAUACUUACUGCCCACGACUUCGACGUGUUCAAUCCAAGGAAUGAGAUCCUCAGCGUCAUGGGAAUCCUGCACAUUUACGGAGACGACUACUACUUCAUGUACGCGGAUGGAGAGCAGCGCAUCAUGCGAUUCACCUUCUGGAACGGGGAUCGCAUCCUGCGCCACAUGGAGUUCACGACCAGUAUGUAUACCUGGAAACCCUUGCAGACGGCUACCCUCCACCUCUACCACCAUACUAUUCCGGGUGCGCCCGGAGUGUGGCACAUGGUAGCCCAAUCGGAGUCAAAUCCCACGGAGAAGAAUAACAUGACGAGUUAUUAUCACCAUAAUCUUGUUCUCAACAGACAUUUCUUAUUGGCUGCGGGUGACUUCAUCAUCCGCGAAACAGCCGCCGUUGCUCCCGAUCGUCCGUGGGGCACGAGCUAUGAGCUGAAAGUCGUCCGACAGGAGGACGAGCGUACGAUGAACAUUGUGCCUAGAACUUCUUCGCUCAUGGGGGGCAGUGGCGAUGUGGUGCUACGGAUACGCAUGACCAAUCCAACACCCGUAGAACUUCAUGCCGCCUUGUUUGAACUACCAAUCGAUAUGCGGUCUGAGAUCCGGAACCGAAUGACCGAUCACUUCGUUCCCAUGUAUGUUUACGGAUUCUUGUGUGUGGGGGAUACCGGAUAUGAGUAUCACUUUAGGUCACUGGGAUUGGCCCAUAGGAUCUUCAGGGAUUUGUCUUUGGACGCGCCUAGUACUGCGCUCCAAAAAUACAGUAAAUGCCCUUUGCUGCCUGGUUGCCUUAUCAUCAACCUGGAGGAGAGCCUGGAUCAGUACUACCCGGAAUUUUUGGGGCGCUCUACGGGUCAUAUCAUGUUCUAUCGCAGCGACGAAAACUGGGAGCACCCGCCUCAAGACCUUCCCGGAUCGAUGGUGCUUCAAUUCGGCUGCUUCAUGAGCCGAGAGUCCCGAGCCACGACGCAACUCGUGAUUUCAACAACUGCAUGGUCACCCCUAAACCUCCAAAACCCCGGGAACCCGUAUGCUUGCUGGUGCACGGUAGCGCCGAAACUCAUCAUCCACGACGAGAUGACGAGAGACGGAUGGAUCGAUGCAAAUCUCUAUAGGAUUUCCGAGGUUGAGCCCGAGGAACCUGAGGAGGCUAUGAGAGGAGAUUGGCCAGAACCAGAGGAUUUAGAGCACUAUGCCGAGGUUAUUGAAGCACUCCAGGAGGAAAGGGGCAAUGACCCGUCGCUGAAUCUUCCGGAAGAUCCUCCACUUGUACCCGGAGCGGACGACAUCAUAUUGAACAAGGGCAUUAUCACCCAGGACCAUCUCGCCAUGUUCUCCCUGCAACAGAGGGGAAUCUUCAACCAAGGCGGGCGGACCUUCGUCGAGCUUCCGGGAGCAUUUGGUCAGCCCUUGCUACUGCCGAUUCGGCAGCCAAAUAGAACUGUCUACCAAUGCUUCUGGUGGGACCCGCAUUACGAGCCUCAAGAUGGCGAUUUUUUGAUCAGAUUGAACCCUAUUGAUGAAAGCCCGCUUUUUGAGGGCAAGUGGUUUUUCACCGUCGAACUCUACGGUUACCAUAAACCUCCGAGAAGAUAUGACUUAAGACAAGAAGGUGUCUGGGCCCUUCGAGGAAUGGACAAAGCAAUCUUCCCUCCCGAGGCUGCGCCAGGCGAUGAUUUCGUCGUGGACGAGUGAACGCCGCU